GCCAGCCCGAGCGUUCCGCGAAGACUUAGGGCGGCUCAGGGCCCCCGCGAACUGAGCCGAGUUGGGGGGGAGGGUAUAGGACAUGUAGCGACAUGUAGCUCUUACUUUAAAUCAGAGGGAAUAUUAAACCUUGGGUCCGAGUCUUUCCCAGCUUCCAUCCUCUAAGGAGAAAACGCAGUCGCAGAAAUGCAGAUCUUUGUGAAGACCCUGACGGGCAAGACCAUCACCCUCGAGGUCGAGCCUAGUGACACCAUUGAAAAUGUCAAAGCCAAAAUCCAAGACAAGGAGGGCAUCCCACCUGACCAGCAGCGUCUGAUUUUUGCUGGCAAACAGCUGGAAGAUGGUCGCACUCUCUCAGACUACAAUAUUCAGAAAGAAUCUACCCUGCACCUGGUACUGCGCCUUCGGGGUGGCAUCAUUGAACCUUCCCUCCGCCAGCUGGCCCAGAAGUAUAACUGCGACAAGAUGAUCUGCCGCAAGUAUGCGCUCUUAGACGGGGAGAAGGAAUGGUUAGAGAUACAGCUGCAACCAGGUGAUCUGGUUCAAAAGCUCAGAUGUGGAGGAGGGGGCCCUCACCAAUCCCUCUAUCCCUGCACAGGUGUUAUGCUCGUCUGCACCCCCGUGCUGUCAACUGCCGCAAGAAGAAGUGUGGCCAUACCAACAACCUGCGCCCCAAGAAGAAGGUCAAAUAAGACCCUUCCUUCCUUUGCCUGCAGGCAACUCCUGCCCAAGCCCCUUGACGCUGGGCCCUCAAUAAAGUUUCCCUUUCAUUGACUGAAGCAAUAACUGGUGUCCAAGUGUCUUGAUUUAU